AUGUUCAAUAAGGAGGAAUGCCUGAAAAUCAUCGCGAAGCAUCGCGCAGACGAGGUCGUGGUUGCAACAAUGGGGGUCACUGUGCCGUGGGGGCAGAUUUCAGACCAUCCACUUGAUUACGCGUCUGUCGGCAGUGCGAUGGGACACGCAGCAGACUUCGGGUUAGGGAUAGCGCUAGCAAGACCGGACAAAAAAGUGCUUGUCCUCAACGGGGAUGGCAGCAUGCUGAUGUGUUUGGGAACGCUAGCAACCGUAACCGCCUUGAACAAACCGGCACACAACUUCUAUCUCUUUGUGUGCGAAAACGGUUCGUAUGAAGUAACGGGAAAUCAACCCACCCCAGGGGGACAGAAUUUCAGUUUUACAACCAUUGCACGCGGCGCAGGAUUUGAGAAGUUCUAUGAAUUCGACGACCCGAAUUCGCUAGAUGCCUCGCUGCCCUCAAUUUUGGCGGAGGCGGGACCCACCCUCAUCAAUCUCAAGAUUGCCCUUGCCAAUGAACCGCCACCAACUCGAAGUGCGGAACACGCUGUGCGUUUCUUGCGUGGAACGCUCGCAGAAUCAACCCAUGAGUUGCGAGAGGCAUUAAACGCGUAA